AUGUAGCCGCUCAUUAUAUUUCUUGGUGAAUGUAAUUCUAAGAAGGAUUCAUUAUUUUAACUAUUGCCUAACGAAUUUAAUGAGAUUGUAUUUGAAAACUUGAAAAUAAAAGAGAGAAUUGACUCUAAUGGUUCAAAACUGCUAUUAAUUAAUUUUCCAGAAGAAAAAGAAAUAUCUUAAGCAUUUUCUUCACUAUUAACUUUAUCAUAAUAUUUUAGAAUUACAUAGAUUGUCUUCUGUUUACAUUAUCAUUAGACAAUCAUACAGAAAGUAGAAAACAUAUAAAAAAGGUUUAAUUAAGAGUUAAUAUUGGAAGUAGAAAACAUUUCUACGUUUAUCAUAAGUAAUUCCCCUUCGAGUUCUCAAAUUAAAAAUAGCAGAAUAUAUUAAUUUUAAGAAAUUGAUGAAAUAAAUAAAAAAAAUAUUAUUAGAAUCUUUGAUGACAUUUGCUCUCAGAACAAUUACUACUCCUAAAUUUUUUUAGAGAAUAAAAUAUUGUCGUAAUAAAAUGAAUCAUUAAGGUAAAGAGCAAAUAUAUUGUAAAAAUAAUUUAAAGAUGAAUUUUUGUCCAUUUAUGGAGAAACUAAUUUAGCAACUUAAUUAGAGGCCAAAUUAUAAAAACUCUUAUCCGGAGAAGUUUAACCAUAAAUCAAACCUAGUAAUGAAAUAUAUAAUAACGAUAUCAAAUUAAAUCAAAUCAUACUAUAUAGCAAUGCAAUUUAAUAGCUUUGUUAUUUAAAACACAUAUAGAACUAAUAUCCACCAGAGUUUUUAGGAAAAUGGUUCUCAAAUUAUUUUUAUUGUAGUAAUUGCAAAGUAUUGUAUAAAAAAGAAGGUGAUAAAUCAAUACUUUAUGAUUUAUCAUUAUUCUCAUUAGGUCAAAAUGAAAAUGAUAAUAAGAUAAAAAACCAAAAAGACAAAUGUUUUAGAUGCUAAUACUAACUUACUUAAAGGAUUUUAACCAUUCUUCCUAUUAUAGAAAAAAUCUACUUUCUUAAAUAAAUUAAAAAUUAUUUGAAAAUAAAAGAAUAGCAUAUAGAAGCUAAUAAAUUAUAUACUUAAGAAAGUAAAUUGUAAAUAAAAAAAAAAGAAGACUACAUAGCUAUUCUUCUUUUGAGUGAUGAGGAGGAACUAAAAUAAUUUGUGAUGAAAAAGUUGCAUGAUGAUAAAAACUUCAAAGAAAGUAAUCAAUUCAAGGAAGGACAUAUAUUGAAUGAUUCCUUUUAUCUCAUUGAUACUCCAAUAUUCUCAUUUGAUGAGGACUCAGAUGAAUUAGAAUCGAUUUACUCUAAUUAUAUCAAUGCUAAUCCUAUUCAUUUUAUUAUAUUUUGUCUUAAGUUAUAGAGAUCAAGUUUAAUUAAGGAGAGACUUUUGAUGAUGUUAAAAAAAUUUCCCAAUAUUAAUAGAUAAGCAUUUAGUGCAUUCAUAAUUGAUUAGAAUAAUGAUAAUUCAGAAAAACAAUCGUGUGAAUAUGAAAGUAUAAACAGCAUCAAAAGAUUAAUUCCAUAGGCAGCUCUAAUCUAAAAUAGUAAUACAAGUAUGGAUGUUAUAAAGAAAAUCUCAGACUUUAUUGUGAAAGUUGAUAAAUAAAAACCAAUAUCAUUUUAACAAACAAUAUUUUAUAAAUCAGAUAAUGAUUCAGAUAAGAAUAAAAUUGAAGAAUCUUUAAAGUUAAUAUCAGAAAAUAUUAAAGUUUAAUUUAAAAAAAGUUGUGAACAAGAAUUAAAAGAUGAAGAAGCAAGGUAAAUGGACAAACAAUAAUAACAAAAAAAUUUACUAUAAAAAAAAUCUUCUAUGACAAUAUAAUUUUAAGAAAAACAAAAGGAACUAACAGAUAUUAUCAUAUCUAUUAAAUAAUAGCUUAAUACGGAAGAAAGUAAUUACAAAAACGCCUUAGAAGUUUUAAACAAUCAGCUUUCUUAAAUUGAAAUGGAUUUAUUUUACUCCAGAUUUAAUAUAAAAGAGAAGAAAACUUAACUAGAUUAAAUGGAAUCUGAGAAAAUUAAAAAGAAUUAUUAAUAUCAUAAUCUAACUAUAAAUUAGAAUAGGAGAACAGAAAAUAGAGGAUUUUAUUGA